AUGGACCGAUUCCUCCCAACCUCACAAGCUGGCCUACAGCCAAGCGCCGUCCUCGAUGGUAAUGAACCACAAGCUCGAUACGCUAGUUCUGGAAAGGCCUCUGCCUCGUCUGUGCGAAACCCCGUCACGGUGCCUGGAGACAAUGCGGCCGGGCAGCCUUGUCCGAACACCGGCUUCCACCCGCAAUGGUGGCAGGACAUGGGUGGCACCAACGUUGGGGAGACAAAUUCGGACAAGCAAAGACUCCAGGCCAAAGACAACUUGAUUCGGAGCCAGCAGGACCAAAUCAAUCGCCUAGAGGAUCAUGUACAAAAGCGGAACGCCUAUAUUGAGCUUCUAGAGGCUGAGCAACAAAGACAGACAGCCCGUACUGAGCAGCUGCAGCAGAGCGUCCGUCGGGAAUGUGGCCUCAGAGCUUCCAUCGAGGCUGAGCUACAAGAAGAGAAAGCCCACAAUGAGCAGCAGCAGCAACGCCUCCGUCGCGAGGCUGGCCUUAGAGCUACCGCGGAGGAUGACGCGCAACACCUCUUCGAUAAGUACAAUGACAAGAAGGACCAGCUAAGGGAGUUGGCACGCUAUACGAGACGGCUCGAAGACAAGGUCAACAAAAUGGAAAGCCGCCGGAGGACCACAGGCGGCAUCGCUCUCGAUCUCGUCAUCAUAAUCGUGCCCGCAGUCGCUCUCGAUCUCGUCACCGGUCCCGCUCUCGUCGUCACAAUUCCCGCUCGCGUCACCACAGAUCCCGCUCGCGUCGUCGUUCCAGCUCGCGUCAUCGCUCGCGAUCCAGCUCCCGACCAUACGAGGCUCUGA